AUGCCUCAACCACAAGGCAUGCUGGGAAAACACCAGAGCGCUGUGAGGGUGUGGAAACAACAGAAGGUCCGAGGGUUUUAUUACUACUACUACUCCUACUACUCUUACUCCUUCUACUCCUACUCUUACUCCUUCUACUCCUACUCUUACUCCUUCUACUACUACUCCUACUACUACUACUCUUACUCCUUCUACUCCUACUCUUACUCCUUCUACUACUACUCUUACUCCUUCUACUCCUACUCUUACUCCUUCUACUCCUACCCUUCUUGCUACUCCAACUACUACUACUACUCUUACUCCUUCUACUCCUACUCUUCUUGCUACUCCAACUACUACUCUUACUCCUACUACUACUACUCUUACUCCUUCUACUCCUACCCUUCUUGCUACUCCAACUACUACUACUACUCUUACUCCUUCUACUCCUACUCUUCUUGCUACUCCAACUACUACUACUACUCUUACUCCUACUACUACUACUCUUACUCCUUCUACUCCUACCCUUCUUGCUACUCCAACUACUACUACUACUCUUACUCCUACUACUACUACUCUUACUCCUUCUACUCCUACCCUUCUUGCUACUCCAACUACUACUACUACUCUUACUCCUUCUACUCCUACUCUUCUUGCUACUCCAACUACUACUACUACUCUUACUCCUACUACUACUACUCUUACUCCUUCUACUCCUACUCUUCUUGCUACUCCAACUACUACUACUACUCUUACUCCUUCUACUCCUACUCUUCUUGCUACUCCAACUACUACUACUACUCUUACUCCUACUACUACUACUCUUACUCCUUCUACUCCUACCCUUCUUGCUACUCCAACUACUACUACUACUCUUACUCCUACUACUACUACUCUUACUCCUUCUACUCCUACUCUUCUUGCUACUCCAACUACUACUACUACUCUUACUCCUACUACUACUACUCUUACUCCUUCUACUCCUACCCUUCUUGCUACUCCAACUACUACUACUACUCUUACUCCUACUACUACUACUCUUACUCCUUCUACUCCUACUCUUCUUGCUACUCCAACUACUACUACUUUUACUACUACCACUCCUACUUUUACUACUACCACUCCUACUCCUAUUACUACUAUAACUACUCCAACUACUACUCCUCUUACUCCUCUUACUACUCCACCUACUCCUACUCCUACUAUUCCAACUACUACUCUUACUCGUACUACUACAUAAUUCACUGA